AUGUCGUCGAGAGGUGGAUGGGGAAGAGCGACGGGCAACGUGAGGUCGUUCGUGGGGAACUGUAUGGGAGGGCUUAGAGGCGGAACCAGUGUCGCUUCCUGGAUUGUCGCCGGAUCCAUUGCCUACUAUCUCUGGGUGAAGCCUUCCCACGACCUCCGCCGUGAGCAGCAGGAAAGGGUCGCUCUAGAGAAAUCCAGAGAUCAAUCCUAA